AUCAAAAUAUGUAUCCUAUUUUACUUUGGACCAAAGUACCCAGAAAAAAACUCAAAUGCAACACAAGGAAAGCAUUGAAAUGCCACACAAAGAGGACGGGCAGUAUUAAAAGCCACUACGUGGUGUGAGGCACAAGUGCUACUCAAUACAGCAUUAAUAUAAAGAAAUAUAAUAUUAAACAAUUAAUAACGUCCUUCAGUAUAUUUUAUCCAGAUUGUACCAUUAAAUCACAUAUUUACUCAUAACUUUGAAACCCAAAAUUAAAUGAUACACGUAUGUAAAGUCAAACUUAUGCGGAAGCCAAACCCAGCGCAGUCACCUUUGUUUGUACCGCGAAUUCAAUUAAUAGAGCUCGAAGGAACAUAUAGCAAAAGCGGCUGUGGUCGGAAGCUGUCAGAUAGGACUGCCAUACCCAGCACUACAUGUACUAUUUCUUAAAUGAUCACAGCUAUAAUUACCUGCGAAAGUUCCUGUUGUGUGCUGAUAUUUCUGCUAAAAGUGUAAAUAUAUUCUGGAACCGCAUCACCGGCGAAUGAAAUGGCGACAUGCAAAUUCCAGGUUUAUUUGCCAUAUCUUCUGCUCCUUUGCCUUACCCUGUGCCAUGCAUGCAACCUGACUGAGUAUGAAGUAGGUGAGGAGUGUUGCCGAAUGUGUCCUUCCGGACAUCAUGUUCAAAAACAUUGCAGCGGAAAUGCCAACACAACAUGUGCUCCAUGUACCACAUUGACUUUCAACGAUGAACCAAAUGGACUCGCAGUCUGUAAGCAAUGUGCGGUUUGUGACCAAGGCCUUGGAUUGGAAACAGUGACAGCAUGUACACCCACUUCAGACACAGUGUGCAGGAUCCUGGAAGGGCACUUUUGUAUUAAUCCUUAUAAGGGAGGAUGCAGGACUGCCCAUGAACACACAGCCUGCAACCCUGGACAGUUCGUCAAACAGUCAGGAACAGCCUCUGCAGAUACUAUAUGUGAGGACUGUCAGGAAAAUACUUACUCUAACGGCUCUUCCACAUCCUGCAUGCCACAUGCAACUUGCAAACCUGGACAAUUCAUUUAUUUGAUGGGAACAGCCUCUGCAGAUACUACAUGUGAGGACUGUCAGGAAAAUACUUACUCUAACGGCUCUUCCACAUCCUGCAUGCCACAUGCAACUUGCAAACCUGGACAAUUCAUUUAUUUGAUGGGAACAAAAUAUGCUGAUACAGAAUGUGAGGACUGUCAGGAAAAUACUUACUCUAACGGAUCUUCCACAUCCUGCAUAUCGCACACAGACUGUGAGUCUGAAGGACGGGUGACAGCUAGAGCAGGAGACCCAUCGUCUGAUGCAGAAUGUGGGGAGACCACUUUGCCUCAUCAUGUACUUUGGCCCUCGCUGGCAGCCGUAGUAUUUGUCCUGGGAACGAUAGCCAUAGUAAUCUGCAGACGGCGCAAAAAACGGGUUCAGUCAUAUGAAGUGGCAAUGACAAAAGAAUAGCGAACUGGAAAACCAUGACCAAAUCUUCUGGUAUCACGUGGAUCUGUUCACCAUCGCAAGUGAAGCAACUUUUUGCAACAGAACAGCUGGGAUCCAUCGUUAUGGACACCAGGAUAGUUUUACCCUGUUUUUGUCCACAUCACCCAACAGUUUGAACUUUUGGAGGCGGUGACUGAAUUACUUAAGCCAUCUGCUCUGAGCUGGACUCCUCUGGGUAGAAGAAGAGUGUUUGUAGCCCUUUUGGCAUUAGACUGUCCUGCGAAAGGGGUUGAAUAGCUCAAAAUCUCUCUGGACGCAUAGAGAAACAUGAGCAGCCAGGACAAUUGCAAGUCUGUGAUUUUAGGGUGUUUCACAGAUAUUUUUUCCUGAGAGUCUAUCUCCCCCUGGAAUGAGGCAGUAGAAGUACGUAUGUGAGACAACAGGAGGGUGUGGGUGUUCUGGGAGCAGGGUGGGGUCAGGGAACAGGCUUCUCCAUGUAUCUGUCAACAUUUCUUGAUUUUUAAGGAUAUAAAGUUACAGGCCCCAUCACCCUGAACAGGAUAAUAAUUUGCAAGAUAGACAGAUAGAUGGUGCAUGACUGAAACGCAUCUCCUAAAUCUGAAUACAUUAUUGAUUACUUUUGAGGAAGUCACUGGGAUUGACCAUGACACCAGUAUCUUUACAGAAAGUUCAAGUUUCAUAUAACAAACACCUGAUAUCUGAAAGUAUCCUGUGUAUAUUCCUGUUCAAGCAAAACUUCAGUUCCCUGUUCAGAUUUUGUUUUGAUUCCCCUGAAACCUUUGAGUGGUCAGAGACUCCAGGAACUGGCGACUGAUCAGACCUGAUGGAUUCUUUUAACUGUUUGAGUGAUGUCAUCAGAAGUCAAGGAGAGGACUGGUGUAAUCUGAAUGGCUCACGGCAGGGGUGUCAAAUUCAUUUCAAUUAACAGGCUGUGCUGAUCCAAUGCAGUCUCAAGUGGACCCAAUCCAAUCUCUAUGUUUAAUAUAUUAAUAAGUCUUUAACGUUUUGCGAACUGGGAACCAAAAUUACCCCAGUAUAUUACAACCGGGAGAAGGUGGCUAUUUCUGUCAGAAACAAUUACAGAACAUUAACAGAGCUUAUAAACUGUGAUUACCUGUCACAUUGAAAAUCUGGAGAUAAUGAACAGAACCCCACCUGCCAUUAGCCGUAUAGCUGCCAUUCAGUGCAACUUAUACAGUUAAUGACCAUAAAAUUAUUCAAGAAGUAGCAAUGAAUAAAAAGAACAUGUGAAAAUAAAUGAGAUCUGAAACUGAAUUUCUCAUCGGGCUUAGGUGGGGAACAACCUGAUGCUUCUGCAUCUUGAGCAUUUACAUCUUGCUCAUCAGAGUGCAGUUUACAGCUGCAUCGCAGAUCUCAGAGCCCAUAAAGGGAUCAGACACUAUAGGUUCUCGAUGUCAGUUUCCCUUAUUUAUGUCUUGUGUGUUUCAAGUAACGUUUUCCUGGCUAGAAAUUACUUAAACAGUCAUGGUUCAUAAGCUUCACAGUUGGGGGGUGGGGGGUGUGUGGCUCCAUGGUUAGACUCUUUGCCUCUGAUCAGAAGGCUGCUGGUUUAAAUCCUGUGGCCAGCAAACUGACACCCCUGCUGGGCCCUUGAGCAAAAGCCCGUAACCCCAAUUACUUCAGGGACUGGCUGAUCUGCUCUCUACUCAUCACUUGCAUGUCCCCUUGGACAGCAUCUGCUGAAUAAAUAAGUAUGAAUUUGUAUGUGAUGUCAGCGACACCUGUAACCAAAGGAAGUAGCAUGUUAUGACUCAGUGACCCAUGGGAAAACUAAGGAGCAACUGCUCUUGUUCUGAAUGUUCUGAAAUCAGAGUGUCAGAUUUGCUUCUCGCUGCAAGGAAGGUGGCAGAAUCAGAGUCAGUAGAAGAGGAAGUACUUAGAAUCUCACUGCAUUUCAUUUAGGUUAAUGGGCCUUAAGUUAAAAAGUUUAAGUGAACUGCACAGCCGACCAUGUAAUUCAUGUAAAAAGAUGCAAGCGUAAUGUGAACAUAACCAUUCUGUAAGAGAUGUCAUUUCGUCAUAUAAAUGUAUCCCCUGUUCGGACCUA